AAAAAGGUAUAAAAAAUAGUCCAACAUACCAAUACCGAUAUUAUGAUAUGUGUGAGAAAAAAAAAAAUCAUUAGAAAAUAUGGAUACCCACUACAAACCCGAUGUUUACAUGGUGGGGUAAUCGGGUAGGGUGGCCAUGUGCAGCGACUGUUGCUCUCACCUUCUCGGACAAUCAAAACAUAUGGGCAGUUAAAGAAGGGAUCUGAGUUCUCUCUUCUUCUUCUCUCUCUCACACACACACAACCCACGAUUCUUCACGCUAGGGUUCCGAAUCUGACAAUGUGGAGAUUUAAAUCCUUGAUUCUGAUCCUGGGGCUAACCUUUCCGAUUGUUCACUCAAUGCGCUUCGACCUCGUAUCAGGCGCCACCAAAUGCAUAACAGAGGACAUCAAGAGCAACGCCAUGACCGUCGGAAAAUACAGUGUCGUCAACCCUAACGAGGGAUAUCCAAUGCCCGACAACCACAAGAUCACUGUCAGAGUCACCUCACCAUAUGGGAAUAACUAUCACUAUGGAGAUCAUGUGGAUUCCGGUACUUUUGCAUUUACUGCAGCUGAGGCUGGUGAUUAUAUGGCUUGUUUUUGGGCACCUGAUCACAAGCCAGAAAUGACACUAUCCAUUGAAUUUGAUUGGAGAUCAGGUGUUACUGCAAAGGAUUGGUCGAAAGUUGCUAAGAAAGGCCAGAUUGAAAUCAUGGAACUUGAGUUGAAGAAACUGUUCGACACUGUCACAUCCAUUCACGACGAGAUGUUCUAUCUUCGUGAGAGGGAAGAUGAAAUGCAAGCACUAAAUAGAGCAACUAAUUCAAAGAUGGCCACCUUUAGUUUUCUGUCUCUUUUGGUUUGCUUGUCGGUGGCUGGUCUGCAACUCUGGCACUUGAAGGCGUUUUUUGAGAGGAAGAAGCUCCUCUAGUUUUGCUUGGAGAGUUUCUACAGGCUUCUAGCUGUCCUUUGGAAUUCUUUCAUUCUGCAGCAAUGCAGUCGCCAGUUCUAUUAUCAGCUUUUCACCGCUCGAAGAGAUGUACUACUAAAAAACUAUGUAUCACUUUGUUACAGACUUACAUUUGCUUCUAUGCUGGGAAUGGUUUUCAAAAGACCCACCCCCCACUGAUUCUGUAGUUUAAUCACGAGAUUAUUGAGAACAAAUCCUUUGCUAUC